CGCAAUCCUUAAUGUGUAGAAUGGGUAAUGGGAGAAGGACAAUCUAGCCCCCAUCCCAGGUCCAGGAUGCUGCUGGGCUUAGCUAUGGGAAGCCAGGAUCCGAAACCUCGCCCUGCAAAUUUCCACUUCCACGGCUUCCUUCACUGUAACAUACAAUUUGCUCCUACAUCUUAUUCAGGCUACACUGAUGGAAAUAUUUAAUUAGAUCAGUCACCCGGAAACUCACCGCUGCAAUAUUUUGACAACCUAGGAGACUGAUGCUUGAUACAGAAAAAGAAGGCAAAGCAACGGAGCGUGUUGUGCCUUCAAAGAGGGCUGAGAAUGCUGCUUCUCAGGAGGAAGGUGGUGAUGACGACAUUGUAUUUGUUGGUGAAAGUGUCGUGAGACCUGUCUUGGACUGUAUUGACCUCAGCAGUGAUGAGGAAGAUGGUAGCAGCUCUUCUAAAGAAAAUGGAAAGAAGAAAGAUUACAUCGAUUAUCAGAAGGAUAAGGUAAUGUCAACUCUCGAUCGUCUAGCACGGCAUGUUGAGGUAGAAAAACAACUGAAAGAAGAGAAAAACAAAGCUUUCAAGGAAAAACUGGAUUCUCAACAUGCUCAUGGACUACAAGAGCUGGAAUUUAUCAAAGGUCGCAGUGACACAGAAGCAGCAAGAUUUUGUGUGAACCAGUGGUUAAAAAUGCCAGGUCUCAAACCGGGCACUGUAAACUCAGGAAGAAGAGCAUUUCCUCAGAAAUCAGAUACAAUGUCAUCUAAUAGUAAAUCUGUUUUAUGUCCCAUAAUGUACUGCAAUCGGAGAUUUGACAAUGGGCACCUUCUCUUAGGUCACCUUAAAAGGUUUGAUCAUUCACCAUGUGAUCCAGCAAUUACACUCCGUGGACCUCCAGCCAAUGCCUUUGCUUGUAUAGUAUGUGCUAGAAGAUUUGCUACCUCCCAACAACACAAUGAUCAUGUUUUAUCGAAGGCUCAUGAGAACGAUGGCCAUGAAAUGAAUUAUCCUCCUCAGCAUAUUCAGUGCUUUGCGUGUCCAUGCUGCUUCCUCCUUUUCAGCAUAAGAGAUGAAUGUCUGCAGCAUAUGUCUGCAAAGAACCACUUUUCCCAGGCUUUUAAGCUGAAUGAUAAACAAGGCAACCAAGCUCCUUUGCCUUUCCCAGCCUUUGCAAAGAACCUCCUAAUCUCUCUCUGUAAAGAAGUUCCAUUCCAAGUGAAAUGUACAUCUUGCCAUCAAGUUUUACGCUCCCAUGUAGAGUUAACAGCACAUUUCAGGACUCGUUGUCGUAAUGCUGGCCCAGUAGCUGUAUCAAGGAAGAGCAUUUCCCAAGUUGCUGAAAUCUUUAAAGCCAAAGGGUUUUGUCGUAGUUGUGACAAGGUUUUGGUGGAUGACAAAUAUAUGAGUCAGCAUCUUUGCAAAACAGUACCGAAAAUUAAAAGGUUCAAUACCAUGGAAGAAUCAGUCUUGAUGACCUGUCAUAUCAAUGAAGGGAAUAAAAAUGGCUCCCUGGUACAGAAGCAUGUAAGCCUUUUAAAAUCUUCUCCUCUGAAGAGACCUUUGGGCUGCAAUGUAUCUCUCAGUGAUCAGAGAGAAACUUCAAAACGACAAAAGGAUUUAGAGGGCAGAAGCCAAGUGGUCAACAGUCUUCAUACUAUCAAAACCUGGACAUGUCAGUGCCUUUUAGCAUUUCCUUCUGAGGAACUUGUAGAAAAACAUCUCUUCUCUGAAAACAGCAUCUGCCACAAAUGUGGUGUCUGUGGCAAGCUUGCCGAAAACGCAAGUGUGAUCCGUUUACACAUGAGCCGGUUCCAUGGAGGAGCACACUUGACUAACUUCUUCUUCUGGUGUCGGUCCUGCAGUGAAGCCCUUCAGAAAGAGGAGGAUGUUAUGGCCCAUGUGACAGAACUUCAUUCUGGGCAUAGCUACUACUCUGAGAACGAGAUUGCUGCAGAUAAGCUUGCAUUACCUUCUGAUACCCAUUGUGGUAAAUCACUUGAAACGAACGACCAGCCUCCAAGCCCUAUGGAGCUGUCUCCACCAGAGUCACCAAUGGAUCUGACUGCGGAAAUUUCUUCCCAGUGGCAGUGUUGCAUAUGUGAGGAAGUAUUUGACUCAGAGGAUACUGUGAAGCAGCAUUGCAUGUCAUUAGACAGCCAUCACUUUCACAGGUACAGUUGUGGCUUGUGCAAAAUGACAUUUCGGAAGACAGAAACUUUGCGUCGACAUUGUGAGGAAAAGCGCCACAAUGUAGAGCAGUUUAAAUACUUUUGUGGAAUUUGUGGUGAUCUCUUUUUUGAUGCCGAGGAGCUGUUUUUAUGUCACUACAAGGACAUACAUAGUACAGAUUAUGUCUGUGUUUCUGAAAGAGCAGAGGCAUCAAUCAAAACCUUGGAAGUAGUAGAAGAGAGCAACCUUCUCAGUUGUGGCUGUCGAGAAAAAUAUGCCAGCAAAGAGAAUAGGAUGGCAGACUACAAGAAGUGUCAAGAAACCAUGCUAAAGCAGGGGAAAGUGUGGUUUCGCUGUAUUCUAUGUUCCUCAACAACUCAGAGCUGUGAUGACAUGAUAGCUCAUCUUAAGAGCCACACAGACAACCCAUUACAAGACAAAUUGUAUGUAGUGCGGUGUGGAGCAUGCACCAAAAGCUUUAGUGAUAUAUUUAAAUCUCUUCAGCAUUAUCAUAGCAAACACUGCUUCUCACAGAAACCCCAACUGGCCUUUGGACCUCAGGCAGAAAGUGAUGUUUUCCAGUUCUCUGCCAGUGGGUCCUGUGUGGAUAAGAAGCCCUAUAAACUGAAGCUUCCAGUAGUUGCGGACUCAGCUAGUUUUUUGGGGAAAAAAGCACUGAAAUUGGAAGAUGCGAACACAAAGCAGGUUAAGAAACCACAUUCUGAGGUUCAUGGCCAAAAUGAUGUCGACCUACCUGACCUUGAUUAUUUGUGUACCAUGACUCAUAUUAUAAUGAUGGAUUUAGAUAACUGGGGAAGUUUUUUCAAUCAGUUGCCCGCUACCCUUAACCAAGGAACCUUUAUCUGGGGUUUUCAAGGUGGAAACACCAAUUGGAAGCCACCUGUGGCUUGCAAGAUUUUUAAUUACCUUAACAAGAUUGGAUGUUUUUUCCUCCAUCCACACUGUGGUAAAGGGAAAGAUGCCGCUGAUUUUGCCAUCUGUGUGCAUGUGGGCCGUUUGGAUGAACACCUGCCAAAACAUAUUCCUUUCACCAUUCUUUCUGGAGACAAAGGUUUUCUUGAGCUGGAGAACCAGCUCAAGAUGACACAGCGGACAACCCGCAUUCUGGAUCCUCAUAAACUUGAUGCUGAUGUGAUGUGUGCCUUAUUAAACAGCAUUUCAGAUACAGCCAAAGAAAAUGAAGAAGGUACUGAAAUGGCAAUAGAAGAAAACUUGCAAGCAGCAAAGGCCCAAGAGGAGGAAGAUGCAGACCUCCAGGAGGCAAUCAAGAGAAGUCUUGAGGAAAUGUGAAGAUGUCUCAAGAUUAGUGCAAUAAAACAUCUAAAGUGCUUUACAAGUAACAGAAAAUGUGUUGAACAUUUUACAAAAGAUUAAAAAAAAAUUCGGUAAACAUUUCCAAGCCUCAACUACCUUUAAAGAGCUGAGCUGUCAGCCACCAUCUUGCCUACUUUGUAUCUGUCAAAGUUGCACUGGAUCUUCUGUGCAUUUUAAUGCACCUUGAGUUUCAGCUACAUUUCAUUACUGGAGUAAUGGAUUGUUUAAUGCCACAUAUUUUGAAAUCCUCCAAAUGUGGCUGUUCGAUUGAGCUAAAAAAA